AUGGGCAUAGCUUAUGAAUCUCUGUGUCUACCUACAGCAAGGAUGGAAUCAGAAUUCGAUAAGAUCAAUGAAAUGCAGGCUGCUGAAGUUUUAUUAUCACUGGCCCAAGGACCAUGUUCUAAUUGUACUAUGCGGUCAACAAGGUCUUCACCUGAUUUUAAACAAUUGCAACAACACCAACAACCAUCAGAUGUGAAUAAUGUUAAUUUAAAAGAAGUGUCAUAUAUGCCUACUUCCCAAACAUUACAAAAGAAUCAAGAGCCUUCCUAUAGUCAAGCAUCCAUGAAUGAGUUCAACACCAAUUGGUCGAAUGAAACUAGUACUAUCCCUUGUUAUUUUCCUAAUCUUGGUACUUGUGAAUCAUCAUUCCUCCCGUCCAUGACAACCCACAAAACCAAUGGUUAUCCUUGCAAUCGUACAUCAAUCCCAAUUGUUGAAGAAUCCAGUAACCAGUUACUUGUAAUCGAACAAACAUUAACUACUACUAAUACUGCUACUACCACUACUACUACUGAUCGCUCCAGUAAUCGGGUGAAUUUCACCCUCGAAGAUGACUAUGAACUCUCUCCUUCAGUAUCUUCUGGUUAUGGAGAAAAUAACAGUAAUGAUGAUAAUCAGAGCGUUGAUUUGUGUAAAUUUAACGAACAAAACACUUCACAACGAAUAUUUCGAACAAACUCUGAUCUUACAGGUCUUAUGCAUCAAAAUAGUACGGUUCGAUCAUCUAGCUCUGAUUCCCAACUUCUACGACAAAGUUUAAUUGGUUUUUCUCAUCAUCAAAUGCUUGACAACAGAUCAGCAGAAACUUUAUUGUCUAACAAUCCUGAUGGGUAUUUACCAACUAUUCCAAAUCCAUCAUUGUGUAUCGUAAAUUCAGACUCUCAGUCUUGCAGUCCAACCAUUAGUACAUCUAAUGCCAAACUACACGACUCAUCGUUUAAUUCAAUCCUACCAAAUAUUGGACUAACUGUUUCUGAUUUUACUGCACCAACACUAUAUACUACUCCUACUCCUAAUAUAACUUGUCCGUCAAUGAAUGGUAGCAUCAAUACUACAUUGGAAAGAGUUAAAUCGCAUCGAUGCAAUUUUGAUGGUUGCACAAAAGCCUAUUUCAAAAGUUCACAUUUAAAAGCACAUAUUCGUGUUCAUACAGGCGAAAAACCGUAUAUUUGUGAAUGGAGUCACUGUAAUCGUAAAUUUGCACGUUCCGAUGAAUUAUCUCGUCAUCGUAGAGCACAUACAGGUGAACGAAAUUUUAUUUGUCAACGCUGUCCUCGACGAUUCAGUCGUAGUGAUCAUCUUACUAAGCAUUUAAAACGACACAAUUCACCAUCGAAAUAA